AUGCGUCGUCGUGUCCCCACAACGCCCCGCUAUCCUGACAGUCAGGCCCACGAUUCCACGCGCGGGAAGCCCGUUUCUCAAGCCCACGUUUCUCCUCCCUGCGCGCGCACCGUUCCGGUAAGCCCGCGCGGGAACCUCUCGCCACCCCGCGCGCGCUCUUCUCGCCUUCCGCGCGGUAUCCCAUCGCAUCCCAGCGCGCGCUCCUCUUACCGCCCCGCUCGGCCUCCUCUCACCAUCCCGCGCGUGCUCCUCUCGCCUCCCCUCGCGUGCUCCUCUCGCCUUCAAUGCUCGCGAAUCUCUUGCCUCCCCGCGCGGCCGCCUCUCGCCUCCCCGCGCAGCCUCCUCCCGCCAUCCCUCGCGCGCCCCUCUCGCCUCCCCGCGCGUGCUCCUCUCUUCUCACCUACUCGUUCUCCUCUCGCCUCCCCUCGCGCGCCCCUCAAGCCUCCCCGCGCGUGCUCCUCUCUCCUCACCUACUCGUUCUCCUCUCGCCUCCCCUCGCGCGCCCCUCAAGCCCCCCCGCGCGUGCUCCUCUCUCCUCACCUACUCGUUCUCCUCUCGCCUCCCCUCGCGCGCCCCUCAAGCCUCCCCGCGCGUGCUCCUCUCUCCUCACCUACUCGUUCUCCUCUCUCUUCACCUUGCAUGCCUCCCACGCCUCCCCGCGCGUGCUCCUCACUCCUCACCCUGCGUGCUCCUCUCGCCUCCCCGCGCGUGCCCCUCUCUCCUCACCUCCAAUGCUCUUCGAUCGCCAACCUUGCGCGUGCCCCUCUCUCCUCACCCUGCGUGGGCUCCCCUCUCCUCACCUUGCGUGCUCCCCUCCUCACCUUGCGUGCUCCCCUCUCCUCACCUUGCGUGCUCCCUCUCCUCACCUUGCGUGCUCCCCUCUCCUCACCUUGCGUGCUCCCCUCUCCUCACCUUGCGUGCUCCCCUCUCCUCACCUUGCGUGCUCCCCUCUCCUCACCUUGCGUGCUCCCUCUCCUCACCUUGCGUGCUCCCCUCUCCUCACCUUGCGUGCUCCCCUCUCCUCACCUUGCGUGCUCCCCUCUCCUCACCUUGCGUGCUCCCCUCUCCUCACCUUGCGUGCUCUGA